GAACAGGGCUCGUCUUGUCCUUUCUUCAGCCGGUGGGAGUGUUUGACAACAGGUUCUGUAAAACGAGCUUCUUUCAGACAGAAGAAAGUCGACGCAGACCGACCUGAAGAUGGAAAUCGAGAAAGAAGUGAAGAAGAUGACCCUCGGCCACGAGUUUGGUGCCGGAGCGGCUUGUCUGAAGUGCAAGGACAAGUGUGAGGGCUUUGAGCUGCACUUCUGGAGGAAAGUUUGUCGGAACUGCAAAUGUGGCCUUACGGAACAUGACGUGCAGAUGAUUUCUGAAGAAAGCCAGAAAGUUGGGAAGCUGUUUGAAGACACCAAGUACACAAGCCUCAUUGCCAAACUGAAAACUGAUGGCAUCCCUGGCUACCAGGGCAACAUGGUGACCAUCACUCUGCCCAGCCCCUCCACUGCUUACACCAUGUCCCUCAGUGCCUCAUCUACUGUGGUGCCCCCCUCGGCCUCUGCAGGUUCUGUUCACCCUGCAGGGGCCUCUGCAGGCUCUGUUCACCCUGCANAGCCUCUGCAGCCUCAGCCUGCAUCAGCUACCAUCACUCCUGUCAGGGCCAACAAGGUUCCAGUCUCUGAGGCCACAGCAGCCAGUCUGGUUCCAGUCUCCAAAGAUGUGCCCAUGAAGCAGGUCACCUAUGAGUGGGCCCCUCCAGUUGCCAACAAGUAUCUGGCCGUGCGUUACAUCCAGCUGCUCCCGCCUGAAAAACGUCCCGUCGCUGGUACAGAGGGAGCCGUCUACCGUCGGCAGCAGAUGGCUCGUCAGCUGCCCGAACACGACCAGGACCCGUCCAAGUGCCACGAGCUGAGUCCAGCUGAGGUCAAGCAAAUGCAGCAGUAUGUUCGUAAAUACAAGGACGAGGCGCUGGGGGUGGGAGACGUCCUGCUGCCUGAGGAGGUGGCUCAGGUGCAGGCUGGGGCUGGUCCUGGGGCAGGAGCUCAGGCUGGAGUUGCAGCUGGUUCUGCCCCGGGUCUUGCUGGUCCUGGUGUUAGAGCCAGUGUCGGUAAUGGAUCUGGAUCUGGAGGUGGAGCUGGAACAGGACCACAUGCAGGAUCUGGGACUGGACAGUCUGCUGGCUUUGGGCCAGCUGGAGGAGCCAUGGGGACUGCUGCUGCUGCUGGAGCCAUCAGUUCUGGACUUCCACAGAAGAACUUUUCGUGCCAUCACUGCAAGCAGCCCAUGAAGAUGGGUGAGCCUGCAGUUUACGCUGAGCGAGCGGGCUACGACAAGCUGUGGCACCCAGCCUGCUUUGUGUGCUGCACGUGCAACGAGCUGCUGGUGGACAUGAUCUACUUCUUCAAAAAGGGCAGGAUGUACUGCGGCCGUCACUACGGGGACAGCGAGAAGCCUCGGUGCGGAGGCUGUGACGAGUUGAUCUUCAGUAACGAGUACACGCAAGCCGAGGGUCAGAACUGGCACCUGAAGCACUUCUGUUGCUUCGACUGUGACUGCGUCCUGGCUGGAGAGACGUACGUCAUGGAGAACGACAAGCCUGUCUGCAAACCCUGCUACAUGCAGAACUACGCCGUGAAAUGUUCUUCCUGUCAGAACGCCGUGGAGCCCGAGGCCCAGAGAGUUUCCUACGGCGAGUUCCACUGGCACGCCGAGCCGGACUGCUUCAAGUGCUCCGGCUGUACCAAGUGCCUGACGGGUCAGAGGUUCAUGGCUGUCAACAACUUCCUCUUCUGCUCUGUGGAGUGCAAGAAGAAAGUCAUGGCUUAGAGACUCGAACCAGGACUGGAUCAGCUGAAGAUCACCCCAGAGCAGAGAAAACAACCACUGAGCAGAAAUCUGAUCUGAAGUAUCUGAUACUGCUAACAUACUGUAGAAACGUCUGAUUACAGAAAAACACAAAACUAAUCAUUUGUUUCAGAUAUGGUGGAAGCUUUUCUUUCACUGUUAGACAUGUUCUACCUUCACUUCACUAACUCUUUAAAUCUGUGAACUUCAUUCUUUUAAUCUGCAAAUCAAUCAUGUGAGAAGUAUUAUGUCAGGGCUCAGUUUAGAUGGUUAGCUUUUAUAAUAAAAUGUCACUUUGACUUUAUAAAAUGAAAAACCUGGCACCUUAAACAUUAAAAACACCCGUUUUAUCAAAUAACCCAAUAAACUGUCUUCUGUGAAAAUCUCAUUAGUUGAGUUCAGGUAGUUUCAAUCAGUGAAGAUGUUAUUCUUAUAAUAAAUAAAUGAUGUCCUGAAAUCUUUGA